AUGUCUGGGCUCACUACCCCGAUAGACUCGUUACCCAACGAGAUCCUGAUCGCGAUCCUGUCCUCAUUCGAGUCUCGCGCACUGCUCCCCAUGACCCUCGUCGACCGCCGCUUCAAUGCCACAGCCACCACCAUCCUACAGCACCGUCUGCUCCACACCGCCGAGAUGGAAGGCCACGAGAUGAUGCUCGAGAGCUACCACCCAAGCGCCAAGCUGACCACCCCCUCCAUGUCGUGUCGCUUCCUGGGAGUCGACUUCCUUGACAGCCGCACAUGGUCCGGCGACGACGACCUGGACUUGGCCGACCUCUCGCAGCUCUACUCGCACUUCCGCCCGGUGGUCUCGGAGGAAACCCGGCGCAUGCGGAGGAUCUACACCCGCCGCGUGCCCGGCGCCGAGGCCCCGCAGGAAGACGCCGGCGACGAGCCAGUCACCCAAGAGCUCUGUCUGGACGAGGGUGAGCUCUUCACCCAGCUCUGCACAACGACCAGCUUGGUCAAGACUGGCCCGAGACCCGGCGUCUUUGCGAGCCACAGCAACAUCGAAGACGGUGUGGUGCGUGUCUGGAGGCAUUGGCUCGAGCGCAUGGCGGCCAAGUGCGCCAUCGCACCGGAACAACGGGACCAGAGCACGAUCUUGUGGGCCGAUGCCACCAAGAACGUAGGACUACGCUUCCACGUAACACAGGUCGCACAGGAGCAGGCGCCUACCCUCCACUCGAGAGACGAGGAUCCGCCUGUGACCUACUCUCUUCGCUACGAAGAGUUGCUGGUUCGCACAAGCCAAGUGUUGCUGGCCAUGGAGAAGUCAGCAGUGCAGGAGAUUGUCGACUCAGGUAAAGCAAUCGUCAUAGCUUCUUAUUGA